UCUCAUCCAUAGCCUCAGUACACCGGACUGUCAUCCAUCAGCUCUCUGCCGUGGUCCAGUUCCGUUUCCCUCUAGUUUAACAGUUGGCGGAUAUAGCAUGGACACGAUCUAAGACGCAGCCUACUACCGAUCAGUCAGCAGUUUCACUUGCUAAAAAAGAACAAAUUCUCUUAAAGCUCGUCAGGCUGAAGUCAGAAUAAUGAUGGAGUAUUGGAGGCAGUGCUCGCUGUGGUUAAUAAACUGCAAGGUGCUUCCAGCUAACCACCGGGUUACAUGGGAAUCUGCACAGGUAUUUGAUUUGGCUCAAACUCUCCGGGAUGGAGUCCUCCUCUGCCACCUGCUCAACAACCUGAGACCCCAGUCCAUCAACUUAAAGGAAAUCAAUCUCCGGCCGCAAAUGUCACAGUUCCUGUGCCUGAAGAACAUCAGGACUUUCCUGGCAGCGUGCAGCGAGAUAUUCGGCAUGAAGAAAAGCGAGCUGUUCGAGGCCUUUGACCUUUUCGACGUCAGGGACUUUGGAAAGGUUAUGGACACACUCUCGAAACUUUCCCACACAGUGUUUGCCCAGCAAACUGGAGUCAGGCCCUUUCCAUCCGAGGAUAGUGUUGAACAUGACGAUAUCUACAACCACCUGGAGGACCUUAUAGAUGAGAACGGGGUGGAGGAUGAGGAGGAUCUAUAUGACUGCGUGUAUGAUGAUGAAGAUGGAGGAGAGAUCUAUGAGGACCUGAUGAAGACAGAAGCUAUCCCGCCUCCAGCGUUCCAGAAGCAAGCAGAGACUGACAUCAGGAGUUGCUGUUUGACAGAGAUCAAGCAGACAGAGGAGAAAUACACUGAGACCCUGGAGUCUAUAGAGAAGCACUUUAUGAUGCCCCUCACCAUGUUUCUAUCCAUGGCCGAGAUGGAAAAGGUGUUUGUAAAUAUCCCGGACCUGGUUAAAGUUCACAAAUGUUUACUGCUGGAAAUCCAAAACUCAGUCCAGCACAGAAGUGCCCAGAACGUUUACCAGAUCUUUAUCACUUUCAAAGAGAGAUUGUUGAUCUAUGGGAAAUACUGCAGCCAUGUGGAAACAGCCAUCGCCAGUCUGGAUGAAAUCUGCAAAGACAGAGAGGACAUACGCAUGAAGCUAGAGGAGUGUUCAAAGAGAGCCAACCACGGCAAGUUCACACUGAGGGAUCUACUAGUGGUUCCUAUGCAGCGAGUCUUAAAGUAUCACCUCCUCUUGCAGGAGCUGGUGAAACACACUCAAGAUGCCACAGAGAAGAGUAAUCUGCGGACGGCAUUGGAUGCCAUGAAGGACUUGGCUCAGUACGUCAACGAAGUCAAGCGAGACAAUGAGACGUUGCGAGAAAUAGAUCAGUAUCAGAAAUCCAUUGAAAACCUGAAUCAGCCUCUGAGUAACUACGGGAGACCCAAAGGUGACGGGGAGGUACGGGUGGCCUCGGUGGACAAACGAGCUAAACAGGACAGGCACAUCUUCCUGUUCGACGCCGCGGUGAGUUGUAAGCGGCGAGGAGACAACUAUGAGAUGAAGGAAGUGAUCGACCUGCACCUCUUCAAGAUCACCAACAACCCAACAUCGGACAAGGAGAACCGGAAGUGGUCCUAUGGAUUCUACCUCACUCAUAACCAGGGCCAGAGCGGCUUUGAGUUCUUCUUCAAGACCAAAGAGCUGAAAAAGAAGUGGCUGGAUCAGUUUGGCAUGGCCAUAUCCAACAUUCGUCCUGAGAACGCCACUAACAACUCCCAUGAGUUUAAUAUGCACACCUUCGAAAGGAUCACAUCCUGCAACUCUUGCCACAUGCUGCUGAGGGGUAUCUUUAACCAGGGCUACCUGUGCUCCAAGUGUGGUUUAGGCGCCCAUAAAGAAUGCCUGGGCCGCUUUGGCAGCUGUGGAAAAACAGAUCCCGGCUCCGUCAGAAGUCAGGGUAAAGAUAAAGAUCCAGGUCUGCCCAAGAUGCUGGUAAUCAGGAGCUACUUUGGUGUGCCUAGCCCUGCGUCUGGUCCAGCACUGAGCAUCCAGACAGGCGACAUCAUUGAAUUAAUCUGUGCCGACCUGCACAGCCCCUGGUGGCAGGGCAAAAUCCUGACGACGAAAGAGGUUGGCUUCUUUCCAAGCAACGCUGUGAAGCCUUGCCCAUGUGUCCCGAAGCCCGUCGAUUACUCCUCUCAAGCAUGGUUUGCGGGGCCCAUGGAGAGGCUCCAGGCAGAGGCAGAACUCGUCAACCGAGUCAACAGCACCUACCUGGUCCGCCACCGCAGCAGAGAGUACACCGAGUACGCCAUCAGUAUUAAGUACAACAACGACGUGAAGCACAUAAAGAUCCUGACCAAGGAGGACUGCUUUUACAUCGCAGAGAACAAGAAGUUCAGGAGCAUAUUUGAGCUGAUUGAGUACUACAAGCACCACUCCUUAAGAGAAGGUUUUAGGAGUCUGGACACCACAUUGAAGUUUCCUUACCAGGAACCGGAGAACGCUGCAAUGCACCGCCUCAACCGGUCGGGUGGCAACAUGUUUACACCGAAAGUGAUUGGUGUGGCGAUAGCGCGGUACGACUUCAGCUCGCGUGACACCCGGGAGCUCUCGCUGCAGGAGGGUGACGUGGUGAAGAUCUACACAAAGUCAGGAGCCAACGGCUGGUGGAGGGGCGAGGCCAAUGGCAGGGUCGGCUGGUUCCCAUCCACAUACGUAGAGGAGGGUGAGGAGUGAAAGGUCCAACAUGGGAACAAGAGUACGAUAAAGAAAGAACUGCAGCAGUGGAGUAAGCAAACUGUGAACAUUAACAGUAACAAACAGACUGAGCUUCUGCACCGCUGCUUGCCCCAGUGUUACUUUUCGGAGCAGAGCGGGCGGCUUCGCUCUCCUCGAUGGAGUCCUGCUGCCGACACCCACCCAGAGGCCUUUGGGAGAGUAAAGGGCUACAGAACACUGGAGAUGCCCUAUCAUUACUGGUUGACUCUGUGUGGCUAAGUGACUCCACCAACUAGCAGCUUGCCUGUCAGCGGGGCACAAGCCUUCGCCAGACACUCCUCCCUCCCUCCUCCCUCCCCCCUCCCUAACUUCAUCCCUCCAUCCAUAAUUCACCCUGUGCUCCCCUCCUCUCUCUGCACCGGCCGGCCCAUAACUCCCACCUGUUUCUGCUUGCCAAGUCGGCCGUCGCCAGUCUGUCAAAAGUAGAUACUCAAAAGCUGCUCCGCCAUUCAUGCACUCAUCCAUCCAUCCAUCCAUCCAUCCAUCCAUCCAUCCAUCCUCCCUCCCACCCCCGUGUGGGAAUAGAUUCAUCUGAGCCGGAAAAGACCCACACUCUAUUCUGUUUUUUUCUUCUUCUUAUCACCUUCUCUCUCUGAAGGGAUUUCAGUUAGUUUUGACCUUGCCUGUGUGUUUCUUCCACUAAUGCAGUUGGUUAUUGAUGACCCAGAUUCACACACACACACGCACGCGCACACACACACACACACACACACACCUCUCCUCCCCUUCAGAUUAUGAUCGCCUCACACGCUCUUACAGGAGAUGUAAGAGAGGGAUAGGAUCGCUGCGCAGUGCCAGCAAUUGAUCGCCGUUGUUCCUAUUUUCCUCCCACCUCCUACAUUCUUUAUCUGCAGCCCAGCCUCUCAUGUCUUUAGUUGUCUUGGCAGUUAGUGAUCCUCUGCUCUUAUCGGUGGCAGCCCUGUCAACAGGAGCCCAUUCGCCGAGGGUUUAUCUUAUUGGAGGCAUUAGUGGCUCGUCGGGGAACAAGCCACACUAAGCCAGCUGUCCCCUUAACAUGAAAAAGAAAAGCAGAUGAAACACAAACGCAGCCCAACAUUGUUCUUCUUUUUGUCCUCAAAUUUUACACACUUCACACUUUAUUUGCUUUGUUCAGCAUGUCUCAAUUCUUUUGUCAGUUCCAUCAUCUACAAAUAUAAUGGAUACGAUGCAGUUUGAUUGAUUGCAUUCUUGCAAAAGGAUCAAUACUACACUGAUAGUCUACGGAGGGUUAUCUACCCAGAUUUGUACUUCUGCAACAUUUUUACCAGAUUGUGCAUCAAAAUGCUUUAACAUUGUCUUCCUAAGUGUUAGUGGAGACUGGGUCUUCUAUGAUGACUGCUAUUUUAGAGGGGGUUUUUCACUCAAGAAUACAAUUUGUGCAGGAACAGCUGCAAUUUAUGGGGAUUUAUUUUGGCAAGAAAAACAUCAAAUUUAAAAAGAUCUUAAUGUAUUGACUCUUCAAUCCAAAAGAGCUGAUAUCAUCUCUCAGAAACCUUUUGCCACUGCUUAUAUCUUCAUGCUAAGUGUCCUCCCUCUCACCAUCUCUCCUUUUCUGUGUUCCACCCUCACCUCCUGUAUACAUUAUGCACACGGUCUCCUUAAUCCACAGUGAAACAGGAUUUUCCCACAUUUGAGGGAAUAAAUACCUUUAUAGCAAAACAUGCUGCACAUGUGAUGUUAACACACACACCAAUAUGUAGUCAAAGACUACAAGAGUAAUAAGGCUGUGUACAGAGAAUCCAAAUAGUGACUUAUGUCUCAAGGUGAGAGCUGUUUGCUUUGUGCAGCGAUGUUUUAAUCUCAGCCAUGAUGUUGAUUCUUUCUUUAAUAGAUAGAGAAACAAACUAAAAACCAUACUUCUGUGUUUAAAAUAUAUGUACAUAUUGAAAUGUUUUAUUUAAUUCAUGGUUGGUUAUUUCUCUUCACACAAUGGACAAAAGGCAGAAGCAAAUUCUAAACCAUUCCUUUAAUUUCUUCUUUAAAGCUGUGCUUUGGCUAUAUUUAUUAUGUUCCCUCUCACUGCCUUAAAUACAGAUUUUCACACACUCCUACACAUGGCAUUUUAAAAAUCAUCCAUCUCUUGUCUGUUAAGGGAAACUAAUAAUACAAUGUACAUAAAAUACAAUAUUGGGGUAGUUUAUGAAGAGGCAGCAGUCUCUCGUUGACAGCUUUAGUGAAAACAUGUUUCAGACAUAGAAGUCAAAACUUUCACAGCUAAUAGGGAAGUUUAACCACUUGAUGAGAUCAAGGAAGCCGUCAUGUGGCUAACUAUGGACCCUGCCUCUGCUAACAGCCCUCAGGGCUUCCAAUGAAAGCUAUCAUCCUCCCCAGUCAUGUCCUCAUUGUGUCCAUGCCAUUGGCUAUUGUGUCAGAAAUGUGUUUUGUGAAUCUAACUAAGACUUUAUUGUAAAGAUAUGCUUUUGUCUGCUCUUAAUGGAGCCAUUAUGAUUGGAAAUCCUAAAUAGCCGCCUGCCAGCCCUGCCACUCCACGCCAUUAUCAUAUGUGUGACAAAAGAUUUUUGUUCUGAGUCACAUUGUUUAACACUGGACUGAAGAAAUGUGUCACAAAGGGGUCAUUUUAGCAUAUUUCUGCAUCGUGACGUCCCUCUUUUUUCCACAUUGUGUAUUAUCAACAGAAUCUUUGAGUGACCACUAGAUGGAAGCAUCCCAAACACAUCCGUUCCUCUCCAAACCAGUCACCUUCAACUCAAGUUUGGAGAUUACAUCAUCUGAUGAGGAGUUAGGGAUGCAUUUAGCAUCGGCCUCAGACUUGUUGCUGUGAGUGAGAGGGAACGAAGACGCCCGAUAGACUAAAGCAAAGUAUCAAAACACAAAGAGUCAUGAUUAAUAAUGCAGGCAGACCAAAAACAUGCAGUUUCUUCACAGUUUUUUUUUUUUUUUUUUUUUUUUUAUUGUUCCUGAUAUUCCAGGAACUUCUCUUCCCCUUCUGCUUCCUGAAAUGUCUGCAGUAUCUGAGCAGUCACACAUUACAUUUAGAACAUAUUUAGGAAAUCUGUGGCGAGGCAGCGGCACAAAUGAGAUUCAGCACAAGCGCCUCUCUCCCGUCUCGGGAGAACUGGAGAGGCAGGAGAGGCAGACUAGGCUUCUCUAAUCGCAGACUCCAGUAAUCUACUCCCGUACUCCUCCUCCGCCCAGAUGAACUCUGACAGCGGGGCCAUUUACAACUGCAGGCCUUCUUCUGCAGCGAGUGCGCUUCCAGAUUUUUUUUUUUUUUUUUUUUGUGUGUGCAGGAGGGACGGGAGGAAAGGCUCAAGGGUAUCUGUGAUCUAAUCAUUACACCAUCUCCUCACCCCGGCGACCCCGCUGCAUCCAUCUCUCUGUCGGCUCCUCUCUCUCUUGCUCUGUCUCACCUUGUCACUUCCCUUCUCUCUCUCUCUGUCUCUCUCUCUCUCUCUCUCCAACUCUCUUUCCCCAUCUAUCUUUCAUCCAAUCUCGGUCUUCUCGGUUUCUCUCUGUAUUCUGUCCCUCACCCAGAUGCUCUGUAGGAUGUAACUGCCACUGCUGUAUGUUGGCGGGAGGAGAAUAGAAGAUAUUAUCAGGAGAGGAGGGAGAGAGGUGGUCUCAUUCUCUAUAUACAACCACAGCAAAACAAAACGAGGACUAGUUUAAUUUUACCACAAAAAUUCAUAGACUUAAGAGAAAUGAUGCCAAUUAUAGACUGAAUUAGAAUCUGCUCUCAGCACUGUUAUCUCCUCAUAUAUAGUGUGUGUGUGUGUGUGUGUGUGUGUGUGUGUGUGUGUGUGUGUGUGUGUGUGUGUGUGUGUGCAGAUUCUGUCCAUAUGCAGAGGCACGCACCGUGUACGUGUGCAGAAACAUUUUGACAGGAUUUAGGGCCGGGCAAGUCUUAGCCCAGCAGGGGUUUUAGGAUACAAUCUUCUUAACCAACCUGAGAGGACAAGUAGUAAUCUGAACCGAAACAUAAUACAAACCAUACAUGAAAAAAAAUAUGUCAUAGAAUAUUUCUUUCUCCCUGGGCUGAAAAUCCAUCCUUAAUCGAUUGACAAUUCAUCCACCCGUCUGUUAUAUGGCUAGCAGCACUCACUGUUGACCCAAGUUUGCGUUCACUGUGUUCUCGCUCCAUGUCCAUGUUCUGUUAGGCCUGUGAAGCCAAAGAUGUAUGCUGUACGUACUGUACACUCCAUGUUGUGUUUCUGAACCACGGUACCUGACCGCUGUGGCCUAACUCUAAAACCGUGCAAUCUUGACUGUGUAGCAUUACCGUGUACUGUUGCUGUACCAUACUGUAAAAUAUGUACAUAGCACAUAAUAAAGAUAUACAUUGCUUCUUUUAA